UGGAGGCGGGCGCCACCCGAUGGCGGCGUUCGGGCGGUGGAAGGCGCAGCGCCUGGCGCGCGCGGACUGCAGCCGGAAGGGCGCGCUGGACGAGCGCGCGGCGGGCGUGGUGCGGCUGCUGAACGGGCGCGCGCCGUUCUGCACCACCAGCUCCUGCGCGGGCCGCCUCGUGCUGGCGGAGGGCGGCGCCGCGGGCGAUGGCGGCGGCAUCCCGGUCCCGAAGCGGCACUGCCGGUGGCUGCUGGUGGCGCACGAGCCGUGCGGCCGCGCCGACGUGAUGGCAGCACUGGAAAAAGCCACCGGAAACGUCGUGUUCAAGUUUGAGCCAUUUGUUCUCCAUGUGCUGUGUCAAGAGCUGCGGGACGCACAGCUCCUGCAUUCUGUGGCUAUUGAGUCUGGGUUCAAGAACUCCGGCAUUACGGUUAGCAGAGGAGGAAAAAUUAUGAUGGCUGUCCGGAGCGCUCAUUGCUUGGAAGUUCCAUUGAGCCACAUGGGGAAACUGAUGGUCUCUGAAGAAUAUAUUGAAUUUCUGGUGCAUGUGGCUAAUCAGAAAAUGGAGGAAAACGCAAGGAGGAUUGACAGGUUCUACAAGGGCUUGGAGGCAGCCCUGGAAGCAGCGGGCGGUGUGAGCAGCUCGUCCUCCACAGAGCCAGGGCAGGCGCAGGCCGUGUAUGUUCGCAGGAGGAAGAGGGGGACUGCCCGAGCGCAGGGUGUGCUCUGCUCUCCAGAGGAUCGUAACGAGGAGUUGGAGCCUGGGGAUGACCCCCAGGGCAGCCUUGAUAUUUUUGCUGGAAUCACGCUAUAGACUCUGCCAUUGAAAGACGAAUGGCAAACUGGACAAUACAUGGGGUGCUCUUUAUAAGAGAUACAAAUAUGGCUCUGUUCUAAGUAGUAACGCUGCUGGACAUUACCAGGAAAAAAAAAAAGGUAAUUAAACAGAAUUGUGAACAGAUUUAAGGCUACGGAAGCAUAAAGAACAAAACCUCAA